UGCACGACAGUAUAAGCAACAACCGUCCACAACACUCAAACAACUUGUCAUCUGUUAUAUCAUCAUCAUCAUCGUCAUCAUCACCCCCCCACUUAAAUGUCCCCGAGAACUGAAGUAGUCGGACUACUGAACAUCGUUGUCUUUUGAAUACUAGUUCCAAGGAACACGCACUUAUACAAAAAACAGAAACAGUACACACACACGGAAAAUGUUUUGGGACGCAAACAUGGAGCACAUUCCCCUGGAAAACAGGCCGCCUUCGUCACUGUUCGGUGGCUACGACCGAGCGCCGUUCGGCGAUGUCCUAUCGGGUCAUCAGCACCAGGGCUUCGGCAGGAAGAUCCAACACGAUCACCACAGUCACGAUGGAGUCAAGAGGCGGCGGAGAAAGGCUAAGUGUCCCGUGCAACAGGUCCAUCAACGACAGGCAGCAAACCUCCGGGAGAGGAAAAGAAUGCAGUCCAUCAACGAUGCGUUUGAGGGUCUCCGGGAGCAUAUACCCACCCUGCCUUACGAGAAGAGACUGUCUAAGGUGGAUACGCUCAAACUGGCCAUUGGGUACAUCAACUUCCUGGCGGAGAUGGUCACGUCGGAUGCCAGCAGUGGAGAUGGAUUGAACAAUAGUGGACAAGAAAUCCAAAAGAAAGUCAUCAUUUGCCAUAGAGGUUCUCCAUCUCCAUCAGAAAUGGGUGGACUACAACCCCUCGCCGGACAUUCACUUUCAUGGUGCAGCGAGAAGAAGACCUCACCCGGCCCAAACAACACAAUGACGGCCAAGGUUUGGACACCAGAGGACCCUCGCCAAGUGAAAUUCACAUCAUUGGAUUUGGACACUUCUCUGGACAGCAUGGGGUCGCCGCCCCUUAUGCUAUAGCAUACGAACAAUCAUAGACAUUAUUUUCGCCGGUUGUGGGGACUUUGGCAAUAAUAGAAACGCAUAUUUUAAACUCUUGAAAGCCAGUAAAAAUGAAGGCCAGACGCGGUCGCCAUUUUGUUUGUUUUUGUUUGUACGAGAGGCAAUACACUCUACGCAAGGAAAAUGUUCACAUUGAUAAAACUCACCAGUGCAUCUUCUUCACCGACUGGAAAACUCCAUGUAUCCGAUCUGAGAAUGAAGCAUCUCAUCAAAGACAUAAUUCCACUGGGUUCCAUUCACUGAAAAAAACUUGAGCUCAGACACCAACAACAUUCUUGAAAGAACAUCUCUGAUUUUGAAGAUUAAAAUCCUCCACCAUUCUUUUACUUCAUUCAUGUGGCGAUUGUUGCUAGGAGUGGUCUGAGCGUAUACUCGAGAGGGCGUGACCGGUUCGGACUGGUUGGUUCUGACCAGUUUGACGAACAUAAUUAUUUCGGCUUUAAGAAAACAACAAAAAGGCGCUCAAAGUAAUGUCGUCUGCUACUUGGAAUAAACUCUGGACCCAUCAAUACAACUUCCAAGAGGACAUACCGAUGUGUUAAUGGUUGUUUCUCCUAUUUUCUUUUUGACAAAGGGCAGAACGGAGUCAAAAGAUGGUGUUAUAUCUUUUGUAAUACAUUUCACCAGCUGAAGAGUUAUGUAACAAACAGCUUAAACGCAGCUAAAUUCCUUUGGGGAAAUGAAAGAAAUCAUCUAUCAGCUUGAUAAAAGAGAUGCUCAACGUUUUCCAUUUUACUUGAUACUCAUGAGGUAAACCUAGGUGCUAUUCAAAGUUAAGUAAAAAUUAUGCCAAACAAUGCGUGAAACAAUCAUGGAUUUUGAACAAAAUUCAUUAAGUCCAAAUCACACGGUUUAUGGCUAUCAGUAUAAUAGCAAGAACGGUAACCAACCAACCAAACUACUACGAAAUAUACGUUGCGUUGUGUUGGUUCCCUGUUGCUUAUUUUGCUGAGCAAAUCAACCUGAGAGGCAUUUUUUUUCUUUUUUUCUCUCUUCUUGUUAACAAUCCUCCAUGCUUGGACAUUGUGUACAAAACUGUAGGAAAAAAAUGUAUAGCAACAAUAGGUUUAGAUAAUAGGGAUUUUGGGGUUCUCAAUUAUUAUUAUUGUUUCUUUUUUUAUACAGUUCCUGUAUAAAAGGGUAUUCACCGCCGUGCCAAUAUUUUUUACAAAUAAUAAUUUGUUUCUUUCUUAUAGUUGCAUGUUUUUCUUUAUAAAUUUGUCCUCAUUUUCUACAAGGCACUUCUAAGUGCAAUAAUGGUUGUUUUUGUGAAUAACAGUGCCAUCGAAUCUCUGUCCUAGUAUACUGAAGGGGUGGUAAAACAUUUGUAAUGGGAAAACUUGAACCAAUCACAACCAAUGCAAUAUACAUGAGAUUGCUGCUGCUUAAGCCCCCAAAGUAGCUAAGCACAACACAAUUGUGCUUACCAGAAUAGUGUCACCAGAGAAAAUAUAACAUUAAGUUAUGUACAAUGUGCAACCUAACUUUUGCUUAUAGCAAUUUGUUAAGCAUGAGUUAUUGAAAUGCUUAAACAUCUCAUGAAUAAUUAUGAAAAUAGACUCAUGUUCCUGCUUAGCAUUUUUUCUGAAACCUUUUUGGAAACGGCUUGGGCGCGGGAUUAUAGACUUUUUCACUUUCACCGAUCAUUGAACAACCCUGCCCCUAUCAAAAUUUAUUUUGCAGUAUACAAUAAAUUUAUCUAAGAACAUUUCUUUUAGGUAAAAAAUGUAUCCAGAUAUUGCAUUGAAGAAACAAAACUGUCUCCCUUAUGCAAAACUUUACUCAACACGGAGAAAGUCUGCAAAAAAAGCUUAAAAUAAUCAUGAAAAUUAGAACAACUAUAUAUCGAGAUGAAUUUCAAUGCUGAGAUGCAUUUUCAUGCUUAUCGCCAGGCUCCAUUUGCUUUAACAUCUGUUCUAGGCAGCUCCUAAAAUGAUAAUGAUAAUCAGGUGUAUGUAUAUAGGCCUAUAUCAGAAAGUAAUGACAAAGUCUAUUGCUAUUGUUGAUAAUCUGAUAGUGGCAUACUAUUAUCAACAAAUUAUCGGGAAAAUCGAAUUAGCUGUUGCAAACUGCUUACCAACCAUAUUUCAUGGUAACAAAAUAGUUAAUGGCCUGGCGUUGGGCUUACCUAUAACAUGACCCACAUAGUCUCUCCAUACGGUCGAAAUAAAACGUCAUACCAUUAACAAUUUCUUUGCAACAUAUCAUCGGCGUAUAGGCUACAUGAGAAAUUUUGCCCCAACUAUUUGAAAUUUCAAAACAAAACAAAACGACAAUUAUUUUAACAAUGACAAUCAGCUUCUUGUUUUAUAGUAAGGUGUCAUCUUUUCAAAUUAAUGGUUAAAUAAUGGACAAUAUCGUUACUUGUAGAAGUAGUGUAUCUCUAUGUGGUCUUGUGCAACCAUAUUUUGUCAGUUCUUAAAAGUUCUUACAUUUUACAAAGAUAUGUACAUAGUUUGUAAAAAGAAAAAAUGACAAGAAAAAUAUAAUGUAAUAUAUUGAGUAAGUUAUGACAUAGAAUUAUAUUUCUUGUACAAAAUUAUUUAUCGCUUGAUAUCAAUCAAAUCUCAAUCAAUUGUUUUUAUAUGAAUUUAAAUUAAAUUAUUCUCACGCUGAAGGGUGGAGUUUCCAAUUCUUCUUUUUCUUAACGCUGAAAAAAAAAAUUAAAGGGAGAAGUUCUUAAAUAAUUUAUUAUAUUGAUCUCGGUUCGUUAUGUAUGGGGAAGUUGUCUUUAAUUACAAUAAAGAAAUGCCAUAAAGUG